AUGUGGACGGUUCCCAAACCCAGAUACAGGAAAGGCUCGGCGGCGGCGGGGGACGAGGCGGAGAUCGCCGUGAACAUCGGCGGCGUCAGGGUGGUGCUGUACGGGGACGACCUGAACCGCUACCCGGAGAGCCGGCUGGCGGAGUUGGCGAACUGCUCCUCCCAAAGCUACGAGGUCGUCUCGUCGCUUUGCGACGACUUCGACCCGAGCAGGAAGGAGUUUUACUUCGACCGAGACCCGGACGCCUUCAAGUGCAUCGUCGACGUCUAUUACUUCGACGAGAUCCACAUCAAGCGCGGCAUCUGCCCGAUCUGCUUCACCAAGGAGAUGGAGUUCUGGAGGAUCGACCAGAGCGUCCUGGACGAAUGCUGCAGAAGUUACCUCACCGAGAAGGAGAGCGAGCUGCAGGAGAUCGCCGGGAAGGUGAAGUUGAUCCUGGAGGACUUGGAGCAGGACUCCUGCGUCUCCCGCUACGAGCGCUGCCAGCGAGCGCUCUGGAGGCUGAUGGAGAAGCCGGGCUCCUCCAUGCUGGCGCGCGUCGUCGCCAUCGCGUCCUUCCUCUUCAUCCUCGUCUCCUCCGUGGUGAUGUGCGUGGGGACCAUCCCCGAGCUCCAGGUGAUGAAUGCCGACGGGAAGCUCGUGGAGCACCCCACCCUGGAGGCCAUCGAGACCAUUUGCAUCCUGUGGUUCACCCUGGAGUACAUUCUGCGCCUCGCGGCCUCCCCGCACAAGCUGCACUUCGCGCUGUCCUUCAUGAACGUCAUAGACUUCCUGGCCGUCAUGCCCUUCUACGUGGUGCUGACCCUCACCUACCUCGGCACCACCGCCAUGAUGGAGCUGGCCAACGUCCAGCAGGCAGUCCAGGCUCUGCGCAUCAUGCGCAUUGCGCGCAUCUUCAAGUUGGCGCGCCAUUCCUCCGGGCUGCAGACGCUGACCUACGCGCUCAAGAGAAGCCUGAAGGAGCUGGGGCUGCUCCUCAUGUACAUGGGUGUUGGGAUCUUCGUGUUCUCCGCACUGGGCUACACCAUGGAGCAAAGCCACCCGGAGACCCUUUUCAUAAGCAUCCCCCAGUCUUUCUGGUGGGCCAUCAUCACCAUGACCACGGUGGGCUACGGGGACAUAUACCCCAAAACCACACUGGGCAAGUGCAACGCGGCCGUCAGCUUUCUGUGCGGGGUGAUAGCCAUCGCCUUGCCCAUCCACCCCAUCAUUAACAACUUUGUCGUGUUCUACAACAAGCAGAAAGUGCUCGAGACGGCGGCAAAACACGAGGUGGAGCUGAUGGAGUUGAAGUCCGGGAAGGACGCGCGCGCGGAAAGCGCGGCGCAAGAUGAGGCCGCGGACGCACCCGCGGGGAGCGCGACGCGCACGACGCGCGGCGACGCGUGCAAACCGGCCAACUGCACAUGCAGACCUUAA